AUGAAAAUUGAAAUUGAGCUGGUUAAAGCGGUAGAAGGGGUCCAUUGGAGUGGUUUAACACAGCCAGCAGACACACAGCCGCAACAACACCCUACAAAUACAAAAGACUGGAAUAAAAUAGCUAUAGAACAAGACAAAGAAGAAAAAGAAGAUAAGAAUCAAGACACAAACCCAGAUGACUUUUUUAAGAAGCUUUUCGCCGGUGCAGACGACGACGUUCGCAAGGCAAUGAUGAAAUCGUAUCAGGAGAGUGGAGGUACGACGCUAUCGACGAAUUGGGAUCAAGUGAAGAAGGGUGAGGUGAAGGGCACGCCGCCGGAAGGAAUGGAGAGGAAGGACUACUAA